AUGUUCUGUUCUUCUGCUUCUUAUCAGGGAAUAAAAGACUUUGUGUAUAAGUACCGGUUGGCCUUUGGGGCCCUGAAUCGACGGCCAGAUGGGAGCAGCUCAGUCUCUGAGUCACUGCAGGAUGGAAACACUGGACUCGUCAAUGCAAUAAACCUUUUUGCUGGAGCUGAAGGAGGAAGUGGUUCAAUUAUUUGCUCCUUGACUUCAUCUGGAAGCACCAAGUUCUUCUGUAAAGGAGAAUGUAAAGAAGAAGACAUUCUCAUUAAAACAGAUGAUGUCACAGCUCAGAGUGGCAGAUACAGCAUCAGAUAUGAAGACGGAUCUUCUGGAAGAAGAACUGUGACUGUGACCUUCACACAACUGACCAAGUCAGACUCAGGACGGUACAGAUGUGGUUUGGGUGGAUCUUCAGCCCCAGAUGCUUACACCGACUUUGACAUCACAGUUAUAGAUGGAACUAUGAGAGCAAAUUUCACAAAAGGAUGCCUCAAUACUGUCUAUGGAAGCAGGAAGUUCUUCUGUAAGGAUGAAUGUAAAAAAGAAGAAGACAUCCUGGUUGAAACAGAAGAGAACAGAGCUCAGAAUGGCAGAUACAGCAUUGAAUAUACACAAGGAUCUGCAUUUGGACUGUAUGUGACCAUCACACAGCUGAAGAAGUCAGACACAGGACGGUACAGGUGUGGUUACGGCAGAGCUUCGUCUCCAGAUUCAUCCAACACGUUCCAGAUCUUUGUUGUAGAUGCUCCAACCACUUCAAAACCAAACUGGACUCUCCGACCUUUUCCAACAUCAGUCCCAUCAGCCUCCACACCAACAACAACACAGAGUUUAAUCUCCAGUUCAGGAAGCUUCACACCUUCAUCAUCUUUCCCUGAAACCACAGAGCAGUUUACAGGUACAGGACAGUUCAUGUCUGUCCAUCUGUCCAUCACUGUCUCUCUGCAACAAAACGUCCUCUUAAAACAGUCUAAUUCAGCAUAACAACGUUGUCUAAUAAGAAUAACAAGAUGGUCCAACAUGUGUUUCAGCACAUAAGACAGUUCAGCACCUAGAAGAAAACAUUUCACAUUCAAUUUUACAAUAAAUUUCCUUGUUAUCUUCACGUCUAAUGUUUAAACACAUCCUACGUUUCUAAUGAUGUAAGAUAAUUAUUAACAUGUGAUGUCAGCACAUGACAAGUCAAGAAAC